AUGUCCUUCCACGCUUCAGCCCAGGACAUCCGUGUCGACGACGGCCAUAUCCUCAGAGCCCGCCUCACCAACCUAAACGGCGAAGAGGUGGAUGCCGAGCUUGAUCUUAACGAUUAUAUCGGCAACAAUGAUGGCUCUUUCGAGUGGGGCGGCGUGAACUUUUCCGAGAGCGCCGAGGACAUCACCUUCUCGCUUGAGGGCGGCGAUUCAGUUCCCGUCCUCCGUGCUGGCCUCAGAAAUGCCGACGGAGAACUUGUCUACCGGGACAUCAACCUUGCCGAGCGUAUCCACAACAAUGACGGCAGCUUUUACUUCGGUGAGUCACGUUAG